AUGCGAAAAAAACGUGCAAAGCAAUACAAACGCCUUAUGGCCUUGUAUUCGACCUCCUUUGGUCAUUUUAACGUAAUUUCAAAAGUGGACGGUGACUUUGUAACAACAGCCACUGGUUAUAAGAUAAACCUUGAAGCACAACUAUCUAAAGUAUUGCAAGGUUCAAUAAAGCAAAUGUACACUUUUUGUACCAUUAAUGAGUUGCGUCAAAGUGGGGAAAAUGAGCAUUCACAGGCCCUACAAUUUCUUAGUCAGCUGGAACAACGAGGGUGUUCACACUUUCGCUCGCCCGUAUCUAGUGCUGAAUGUCUCGCAUCAAUAAUUGGCAAUGAAAAUGAGCAUAGAUAUGGCGUUGCCACGCAAAAUCGGAAGCUUCGUGAAAGACUUCGUGGAAUUCCCGGAGUUCCAUUAUUAUAUAUUAAUCGAACAGUACUGAUAUUUGAACCACCUUCUUAUAUCACAUUAGAAAAAGCGAAACAAAUUGAAAUCGCGAAAACUUUACCAUCAACGGACGAAAUAAAUUUCUUAAAGAUGGCAAAUUCUGAUGCGAAGAAUAAAAUUGACAUAAAACCAAAAACCAAAAAGAAACGUAAAGGUCCGAAACAACCAAAUCCUUUAAGCUGUAAAAAACCGAAAAAGAAAUAA